GGGCUAUGUUUACAUUAUUCAAAUAUAUACUCUUCUCAGCUGUUGAUAAAAUCUAAUACAAAAGAACUGACAGAGUAGUCUUCAAAAUUUUGUGUAGUGCUCACUGAAGGCUCUUGAUGGUAGCUCAUGCAUCUUAAUUCAUCUGUUCAGAAUACUUAGGCAGUAAAUGGUAAUGGUUAUUGAUAUCUUGUACUUGGAUUACAUUGAAGAGUCCAUAUGCCUGAACCUUCCAAAAGUUCAACAUGAGCUCCAUAAUCUUGGUAACCCUUGUUAUAUAUUUUACUGUAAUGACAACUGCAUCAUUUCAAACAGAACAUGGACAUGAUGGAGCAAAUGAACCAGUUAAUUACCCGGUUUACCGCAAUGUGGCAAACCGGGUUCCUAUCUGCUUCUGGGUCCCUGGGCUGCAAGUUGUGCAUGGUGUGCCUAAGCGAGGAUGCUGCACUUGGGUCACGCUAUGCAGGAAGGCUUCACUACACUUUGAUUCAUUUUGAAUCGCAUCUCAGGCCAGUAGAUGAUGAAGUAAUGAAGCUUGUAGAGGAUAAUGAUAGAAAGGAUUGCAAGCAGAAUGUUGGGGGCUUGGGACAUGCCAAGGAAUCCAACAGGGCCUUGUCCUUGCAGGACAUUGGACAGUCAGGCUCUGGAGGUGGGGGUGGGGGGAUGGGCUUUGGACAAGGUGGACAAGGUUUUGGCUUUGGUGCUUUUGGUUCGGGCUUCUUCCUGCAAUCUACUCCUCCAAUGCCUCUGAUGCUGGAACCCACAGGAGAAGCCCUCAGUUCUGUGGGGAAAUCAACAGGGGAUCACCUGCAAAAUGCUCUGAGCAUACUUGAAGAACUGGGGCAAGGUCAGGGAACUUUGAUGAAAGAGUCUGAGCUCCAGAACCUGGGAUAUGUUUCUCCUGGGAGCAACAGCAGCAUCAGGCUCUCAGGUGAUGAAGAUUGCCAACUGUCAUUCAAAGUCAGCUCAUCAUGGAACCCAACAAAAGAACUGAAAACAUUGGAAGACAUUAUUGCCAAAAUCAAAGUUCCUGGACCUGAGACUAAAUUCUGCAAAGUUCAAGACUUCAAUGAGAUCAAUACAGAUGAAGAGAAGUCUGUUCAGGAAUCUUCAGAAAAUGACAGUAAAGCUACUUUCACACUCAGAAACCCUGAGGAGAUACUAGAAGGGGCUCCUGUUGUUACAAUUUCUUAUGAAUCACUUGGAAAGUCUCACUUUGAAGAUCUAGAAGAAAGUGAAGAAAGGCUCACUCUUGCAAGAGGCAAUCAAGCUGUGUCAAGAUUUGGUCUCCACACUGCAACGCUAUCAGCCCUUUGGCUAGAUGUGGAUCCCAGGAGUCCAAUUUCACACUCAGAGAUGCCACAGAGCUCAUGUCAGACCUUGACCUUGAACCUCAUGAGAACACUACACACUGCUUGUCCAGCCAGAGUUUACAUGCUCCCAAAGAGAGACUGGGUGCAGGGUCAGCAACACAGAGGUCCCCUGGAAUGUUCAAGAGGGGUCCUCAUCAUGAGAAUUGAAAAAGUGGCCCAGGAGAAUGAGAGACUGAAACAAGCUGCUGCUGAAAAGGAAUUGCUGGAGGAGCAAAACAGAAACUUGCUGCUCCGGCAGCAGCACUUCUUGAAUUUAAUUCAACAGCAAGAGAAGGUUAUUUUUCAUAAACUGCAUACAAAUCAAGGGCCUGGUGAAGCAUCUGCUGCUCCAGCAUCCCCACAUGUUGUUCCAGACCCAGAUGAUCAUGAGAUCCCAGCCAAAGAGGCAUCAGUUGUCUCAGGUUCAGAUCAGAAGCUGUGCCAAGAUGAGGAAUGCAAAAUUUCUACAGUUGGACUCUGUCUCACUGAAGAAAAGCCAAAUGUGCUUUUUACACCAAAGACACUGGAUCCAAGUGAAGAUGAUGUUAAAGUGGUUUACAAAAAGUUCUCUUGCUGGAACAGUACAGUGUCAUCAGCUCAAAUGUCUGUGGAGAAUUUCUCCCAGCAUGACCUCACUCCUGCUGAACCUGAACCUGUGAGCACAGUUGCCCAAUUGUCCUGUGAUCAAUUUUCAAAUGAAACUCCCCCAAGUGGCAAAAAAACUGCUUUUGUGGAACUAUUGCCAAUAACUCAUUUGGAGUCAAUCUCUGAACUGGAUCAUGGAACCCAAGCAUUGCAGCCCCUUGAUGAACCUACUGAUGAGAAGCACCACUCACCAAUCCCAGAGAUAUUAUCAGAAUCCAGGAAAAACUGCAAUGGUUCAAACGAUUUUGAAUGUGACAUUUACCAGGAAAAGCCUAUGUCAACUUUGGCCACUUCGUUUACAAGUGCUCAAAAUGUCCCCAGUGAGCUGAAAUUCGACAGAGGCGACAAUUUUUCAACCACAAAAUUAUUGAAUUCUCAGAAUGUGGCUUCAGUCAUCAUAAUUGCUAGGAAUAUUAAUAGGAUUAAAAGGAGAAGAAGUAACAAAGCUGGUUCUAAUUCUGCAGAUGGCAGAACAAAAGCGGGUGCAUGUUCUGAACUGAAAGCCAGCAGUGAGUGA